CGUACACGUGUCCUAACAAACGCCCCCCUUUGGCCCUUUUCCUCUGCCUCCUCAAAACCGACUCCUCCAUUAUUGCUGCACUUCACAGACCAUUCACCUUCUCCUUCUCCUUCUCCUUCUCCAUUUUCUCUGUUUCUUCACUUCCCAUUGCAACCCCAAUGACCUUUUACCUUCUGGGUCUCUCUCCUUUUCCUUCUACAUGAAAUCAUCCCAUGUCCCUGUUUAUGCAACUUUUUCCAUUUCCACGUGUGUAUCUUUUCACUGAGAUUUUUAUCACCCCCAUUACGGCGGUUGCUCUUUCUACGUUCUGAAAUUGAAGCUUAUUAGCUUCUUUGGUGGAGCUUGCCUCUUCCCAUUUUGUUUUUUCAUCUUGCAUGGAGCUUGCGUUUUCUAAAGGAAUCUGAGAAAUUCGCUGAGAGUUUAGGUUCUUCGGAAAUGUCGAAUUCCUCUUCGAACAUGAAUCAGAAUGGGAACGUUAAAAACAAUGAUACGUUAUUCACAGUGGAUGAGAUUGAAGAAAGUGAGUUUUCGAAGCUGUUGGAUAGGCCAAGGCAUUUGAACAUGGAGAGACAGAGGUCGUUCGAUGAAAGAUCUCUUGGGGAUUUGGCGAUUGGUUUUUCUCCACGGUUAUCAACGAGAGUUUCUUCAGAAAACUUUGGUCGAUUGAGUGAUAAUUACGAUCAUUCUCCAUCGCCGGGUAGAAAAUCGGAUUUCAAUACUCCAAGAUCACACACUGGAUUCGAGCAGCAUCCUAUGGUGGCAGAAGCUUGGGAAGCUUUGAGGCGUUCGUUGGUUUACUUCCGUGGCCAACCAGUUGGUACUAUUGCGGCGUUGGACAGUACUGAAGAAAAUCUUAACUAUGAUCAAGUGUUUGUGAGAGACUUUGUCCCAAGUGCGUUUGCUUUUCUAAUGAAUGGGGAGCCUGAAAUAGUAAAAAACUUUAUCCUAAAAACUCUUCGGCUUCAGUCAUGGGAGAAAAAGAUUGAUAGAUUCCAGCUUGGAGAAGGGGUGAUGCCUGCUAGUUUCAAAGUUCUUCAUGAUCCAGUGAGGAACACUGAAACUUUAAUUGCAGAUUUUGGAGAGAGUGCAAUAGGAAGAGUUGCUCCUGUUGACUCUGGAUUUUGGUGGAUUAUAUUGCUUAGAGCAUACACAAAGUCCACUGGUGACAGUUCCUUGGCUGAAUUGCCAGAAUGCCAAAAGGGAAUGCGCCUUAUUUUGAGUCUGUGUCUUUCAGAAGGUUUUGACACAUUCCCAACCCUUCUAUGUGCCGAUGGAUGCUGCAUGAUUGAUCGACGAAUGGGUGUAUAUGGCUACCCAAUUGAAAUUCAGGCACUUUUCUUUAUGGCUUUAAGGUGUGCUUUGCUUUUGCUUAAGCAAGACCACGAGGGGAAGGACUUUGUAGAAAGAAUAACAAAACGGCUUCACGCCAUGAGCUAUCACAUGAGAACUUACUUUUGGAUCGACCUAAAGCAACUAAAUGAUAUUUACCGAUAUAAAACUGAAGAAUACUCUCAUACUGCUUUGAACAAGUUCAACGUAAUACCUGAUUCUCUUCCUGAAUGGAUUUUUGACUUCAUGCCAACUCGUGGUGGAUACUUCAUUGGAAAUGUCAGCCCUGCAAGAAUGGACUUCCGUUGGUUUUGCUUGGGAAACUGCAUUGCAAUUCUUUCUGCCUUGGCAACACCAGAACAGUCCACAGCUAUUAUGGAUCUUAUUGAAUCGCGAUGGGAAGAGCUGGUUGGAGAAAUGCCAUUAAAGGUUUGUUACCCUGCCAUUGAAAGCCAUGAGUGGCGAAUUGUAACUGGAUGUGACCCAAAAAAUACAAGAUGGAGUUACCAUAAUGGUGGUUCUUGGCCAGUUCUCCUAUGGCUUCUAACAGCUGCAUGUAUCAAGACCGGGCGACCGCAGAUUGCAAGACGUGCACUCGAACUGGCUGAAUCCAGGCUACUGAAAGACAACUGGCCAGAAUAUUAUGAUGGGACACUUGGACGGUACAUCGGGAAACAGGCACGAAAGUUUCAGACAUGGUCGAUUGCAGGAUACCUAGUUGCAAAGAUGAUGCUGGAAGACCCUUCUCAUUCAGGCAUGGUGUCCUUGGAGGAAGAUAAGCAGAUGAAGCCUUUAAUGAAAAGGUCACAUUCAUGGACUUGUUAAGGCUCCAAACUUGUAGUGUUGGUUAGUAGUUGAACUUUGACAGCCUUCUUUCCACAGUAAUUUUCAUAUAAUGUUUAGUUUUGUUGUUCUGUUUUCUAGAGGGAUAUUUGUUUGUGUUGUUUCUGGCUAACAGAUGAGUAUAAAUGACAUAAAGUACAUUUCUAAUCCA